AUGUUCAAAGACGUGUUGGUAUUUCCCGAGUCGGAGCGACCGUUCUUGGAGCCUUACCUACAGCCGCACAAUGUCAAAAUCAAGAAUGCCAGCUUGCCCUUUGUGACUCUUACCUUUGCUACCUCGCUGGACUCGUCUCUUAGCAUUGCGUCUGGAGCUCGCACCUGGGCAGACAAUCCCGGCUUGAACUGCCAAAUUGAAGGCGUUGGGAGGUAUGGUGGCGGCGACAAAAACCUUCAGGGACAGCCCAGACCCAUCAUCAUUGAUCCUACAGCUCGGUGGGACUUGACAGAGGAGGCCCAGAUUUUUCAACUUAACCCAUCACCUCCUACCAAGCAAAAACAGAUUCAUGAGGAACAUGGCGGGAAGUUUGUUACUCUCAAUAUCACUACACCCGAAGGUGAAACUAGCCAUGAUCUCGUUUGGACCGCCGUGCUGGAGACCUUGAAGAAGGAAGGCCUCAACAGUGUUAUGAUUGAAGGUGGCAGUGGUGUGAUCAAUACCCUGCUGGAGCCGUCGUCCCAAGCGUUGAUUGACAAUAUGAUCAUUACCAUUACGCCAACAUGA